AUGGAAAAUACGGACAGCGACAAGCCCAGGCCGGUUGCGCCACCUGAGCCCAUAUCACCCGCGCUCUCUUCUGGUGCUCCCAAACCUUCAACUUCAAGAGCUGCCUCACCAGCUCGUGUUCCAACGCCAGAUUCUGCCCGCGCCAUAAAGGUUAAGAGCCCUUUGGUUGAGAGCGCGCCCCUCAACGUUGCAACAACUGCUAUAUCUGCCACCACAGCACCUCGAGCCGCAUCUCCACCAGCAGCCAUGCCGCCAUCACCAUUACCGAGGGCUUCAACUCCAGCUCCAGUUACCAAGGAUCGCGCUCCAUCACCGGUGAACGCGCAUUCACCUAGUACUGCUAAUGGAAAGUCGCCAGUUGUUGCUCCACAGAUCAACGGUCGCAAAAUUUCCAUCGGCGACGUAGACGCUGAAAGCGAGCUAAGCGAGCCGGCGAGCACCCUGCAUUCUCCGUCAGGAGUUGACUUCAACGAACUUGAGGACGAGAUAGUGGUGGGCGCCCGCACUAACGGUAUUCGCAAAUCAUCCCCUCUUCGGCCAGCAUCUGAAGGCGAGGACGAGAUUAUGGGAGAUGCUGAGGAUGAGCCCGUGGCUUCCCACUAUCCAAAGAGAAAACGCAACUCCAUUUUCCAGGGCCUCAAUGAAAGGAAAAUGGAGCCGGUGAGGUCUCUCGCUGACGAACGACAAUCACAAGCUACUGCAACGAAGGGCAAGCCUCCACGCUUAAGCACCGGAAGCGUCAAAGGCGUCACUAUUGGAUAUUGGAGAGAUUCAGAGGCUCCUACAGUGGAUCUUAAACAUGCCGUCAUUGGUUUCAUUGAUGUUCGCGAGCGAUUACGGACCCGUAUCCAGCCCACCACAUUAUCUGGAGAAACCAUCUCAGAUGAAUACCCCUUGCCACCAGGACCUGGCGGAAGUUGGGUAACCUUCGACAAGAUUGUAUUUUUGGAUCAUCUUGUGGGCUUAGACCAGCUACAGGUCAAGGAGUAUGUCAAGAUUCGCGCCGAAGCAAUUGGGACAGACGAGCUUGAGGGAGAGAAAGCUGCUGCUGAGAAAGCUGCCGCUAAAGAAGCAGUCCGCCGGGCGAAUCUCAACUCCACUGCCGAGCACGGCACAAAUCUACCUCAGGUUGCUUAUGGCGUUGAUCUUCCCGAACACUUGCAACAGAAUCGCGAUGCCAAAAGGAGGAGGACGAGCGGAGGGUUUGCGCCAGCCAACCCCCCUCCGUCAAAUGGCCCUGUCAUUGAACAUACUCCCAUUCAGCCAGCCCCCGGUGGCCCGCAACCUCUGCGACAUACCGUCGAUCCCCUACCCGGCUCCAGACCUACUCGAAUUCUUAUUGGGCAUUGGGCAAAGUCCAACUCGCCGGACCCUAGGGAUCGCCAUGCAGUAUACGGUAUCUUGGGACAAAAUGAUAUGUUCCGCGUCAAGCUAGUACGAGAGACGCGCGAUGGACGUUUCGUUGAAGGAAAUUUCCCAGCUGGGGCUGGUGCACUCUGGAUUGCUUACGAGGAAGUUGCCUUUGAGCCGCACUUGAAGAACUUAGCACGGAACGAGAUCAAGGAAUAUUGCCGUGUUCGACAGUAUCAGAUAGACAUGGGAGAGAAAGAAGGGGAGCGAACCUCAAACGAGACCAAAGCUGUUUAUGAAGCACAGGCAAGGGCUGCGGGAACGAAUUACAAGGCGCCUGCUCCCUUGUCUAGGCGAAUGGGAUAUGGCGGGCAUGAGUUGCGUCAGAGUCGCCGCGUCGAGGCCGCCAGAGCCGAAGCACGCCAGUCAUACAUAGAUAUCGACACUACCCCUCCUCAGCCUGCGGCAGCUCCUCGUCAAAGCACGGGCAGGACAUCGUUAAACAACAAUGCGAUCGAAAGAACAUCUGCUCUAGCGGAGCGCGAGAUUGCACGCGUCGAACUCGCUCAGGAACGCGCUCAUAUGCAAGCGGCGAACCGUGAACGUGCAGCAGCCGCGGCCGCUCAGGCAGCCCAAGCAGCUGCAGCGAAUAUCCCUGGCUUAGCUGUUAACGGGCGGCAACAAUUACACGAGCGGGACGAAAUGCAACGACUGAAUAAGGUCUGGGCACGCCAGGAAAGCCUCCGCCUAAGAACGAAUGCCGAGGAUGCAAAGAUGUACGCCGGGGUGAAGUAUGAACGCAAGACGCAAGGUCCAUUUACUGGAAAACUCGUUUCGCAAGGCACCAUUAUCAACAUUGACGGCGAGGACUACAUAGAGUACCGUGUCCUCGCCAAGCCGUCGUUCUUCUAG